AUGACUUGCUUCAAUUCCAAGAUCACUCCAAAAAAUGGCAUGGACACAUCAGGGCUCGAGCCCUCAAAGCUCGGUACGAAAGAACAGUUCGGCAAAAAGGCGACGAAUGAAAUGGUCAAGUGGGUUAAUCAACACGCCCCUCCACGUCCUGAUGUGUCAGUCCUUAAAGUUGGAAGCGGGAACGGUGCACUAUUAUUCGCGCUUGUGGAGGGGCGUGUUAUCCAGCACAUCGACUCCCGGGAUAGUGAGGGAGCCGUUCAGCUCGUUCAAGAGGUGGCGCACUCUCGAAAUCUUACGGCCAUUACGUUUAGAGUGUGCGAUUUCCUGCAUGAGGAGUCAGGACCCACCAUUGCUCGCAGAUUCAGAAAGUUAACCAGAAUGGAGCUUGGGAUCGUAUCCUUGAUAAAGGCACAUACGAUGCCAUCGCGCUGA